GACGUAAUUCCUGUAUGUCUGGUUGUAGUCUGUACUGAGUGAUUCUGAGUAAUCGAAUAAUUUCGUAAGACUUGUUUACGAAUCAAUAAAGUUAGAUUAUAAUAAAAUUAAUAAAGUUAGUCAAUCCCAGAUAUUUCUCAUUUUCAAAUAUACCGAGAGGUUAAGAGCGUAAUACGCAUCGGUGUUAAAUAAAUAGUGAAAGGUUACGAACAAAAUAGUGGUGCAAUUUUUUUAUAUUAAUUAGUAAUAGCAUUACAAAUUGCGCCAUAUUGUUGCAAAAAAAAACAUCGCUCUGUAAACAUAUAGCGAGCAUCACCAGUUUAAAAAAGAUUGUGUCUGGGUGGGUGUAUGCAACGGAAGUGUCCAUAAAUAUUUUUGAUGAUAUUAGAGGAUUCUUGGGAGAUGCCGCCUGAAAAGCGCGGGAAGCGAGGAGUUAGCGACGCGGACGACGAAGACGACGACUACAGACGAAAGAGAGAUCGUAAUAACGAGGCAGUUAAAAAGAGUAGAUAUAAGUCAAAGCAAAGAACGCAGGAGACAUUUUCAAGAGUAACCAAACUAAAGGAAGAAAAUCAGGCACUGGAGGAAAAAGUAAAAUCUUUGACAAAGGAUCUUGAAUUUCUUAAAAAACUGUUUAUGGAGUAUGCUGCUAAAUCAGAUCAGAAAGAUCCAAAAUUUGAGGGUAUAGAUCUCGAGAAACUACUGCAAGAUGAGGCAGAGGAAAAAAAAGGCAAUAGUAGUAAAUCAUAAAGAACAACAUAAUAAAAUUGUGUGCCGGAAAUGAUUACUUUCUUUUCUGUACUGGCAAUUUUAUUCUUUGUUGGUAAAAACUUACAGCCUGUGUAAUUGGUUUAGACUUAUGUAGACUGUAAACAAGCAAAUUGUGAAGCAAUACACGGUUGAAAGACCUGUAUACCUGGACAAUUAGAAUUAACUAUCUAAAAAAGAUUAGAGUUAUUUUAAAAUGAAAGUUUAUUUGACAUACUGUGUCAGGCUAAAAUAAGCAUUAAAUUAAGUAUAUAAUAACUAAGCCAUGUGUAAUAUUCUGGAGCAAAUGAUAUGAUCAACUUUUACUGCUGACAUCCCUGAUUUUUUUUUUAUGUGAUAAUUUUUUCUUAACAACUAUUUGUAAUUAUUAACUUUAUUAAGUUUGUUAUUUUAUUUUAAUUGUACAAACAAACAAACACAAGUCUUUCCUCUUUGGCUGGGCUUUAUAAUAUUAGUAUACAUGUAUCAGUUCAAAAAUCCAGGGCAUAAGAGUUAAUAUAAUUUGUAUUUUAAUAAACAAAAUUACAUUAUUUGCAGAAGAGAAAAGGGCAAUAUCUAUUUUGUCCCUUCCUCAUUUUGUACAUCAAAGUUAGUCCAUUAUCUCAUUUUAUUGUUUGCUGUUUAGCAUGCCUUCUAAACUGUUGGGAAAGCUUUUUUUUAUUCCACUAUAAAAUAGUGAUGCAGUCUUAAGAUGGUAAUAUGCUAACCUUUUAUUGGGGUGUCGCAGUUAUAUUAAACCCCCCCCUUAUCGGAUUCUACACGAUAUCUCACCGGAAAGCUAAAUUACUAAAGUCUUUGUUGGUAGGGUGGCAACUAGCCACGGUCGAAGACUGGACACCAGACUAACCAGCCACUUACCAGCAUUUGCACCACGAUAACAGAAUUUUAAUGUACAAAAGUGAUAAGAAGUACAUACAUCUUAGUAG